CGUCUGCGUUACGGUGAUAUGCUUGUGCGAUUAUUUUUCAUUUCAAGUGUUUUUUGCGGUUGAUAUUUUUGUUAAUAACUUGGGUGAUUGUUUACAAAAUCUAAUUGCUGUUAUAUAAGCUGUUACUUACUGGAUGUCCAAAAUGGGUUCCCAUCUAAUGGACACCGACUUGUUUCUAUCAGGCAACGAGCAAUGGGCCAAACUAGAACAAGAAUGGGGCAAUCCAAUAGACCUGGAAACAGAAGACGAUCGCCCAACUAAAAUAGCACCAGCAUACAGCACUUUAGACCUGAAAAGAACUACUUUUAACUCGCCAUAUCUGUUUAAAAAGGCUAAAAAGAAAGUUGGUCGACAGUAUUCUAAGAAAUCUGCAACAUUAGACUAUAAAGAUUUCCUUAAAGAUUUAGAAGAAAAUGAACCUAGGGAAUUGCCUUUGAAACAAUUUUAUUAUAUCAGUGGACAAAUUAUAUCAGCUUUGUCAGUUGAUGAAAUAUGUGACAGAAUAGAUGACAUUUUCAGAUCAAUAGAACGACUCUGUUCAACUACUAGUACCAUUAAUAAAAAAAAGACCUUACCCGAAAGAGUGCAGUGUAGCAUUGAUGUAUCAGAUUUGUCGUUUGAUGAUACCAUUGAAGGGAAAGAAAAAUGUGACAGUGAUGAUGUUGAUCGAUACAUUGACGAAGCGUUCGAUCAGUUGAAUGCUACAAUCGACACUAUUAACAAUAUGAUCGAGGAUAACGACAUCAAUAAGAUGAAUCAAUCAAAUAGGGAAUCUGUUACUACACUUGUUAGAAAGUUUAGUUCCUUUUUGAAAAGUCCAGUCGCAAACAAGAAUCCGAAAAGAAAACGGCAGUGUAAUGACAAAUUCAGAGAUUUGGCUGAGUUUUGGAAAAGUAAGGCUUUAGAAUAAGAUAUCUGUAUUAUCAUUUUAUUUAAGGUAGGUACUUGUGUACUAAGUUUAUUUCUUACUUUUAAAAGGCAUUUCAUUAUAUUUCUGCCUUUAUUCCAUUUUUUGUUCUUUAGUGCUUG